UCUCUUCCUCCCCAUGUCCAUUCAGUCGCUGCAAGAGUGAGGUAGCUAUAUCAACAUCAUGGAGAAAGAGCAUAUUUUGUAGUAUGAGCCAUAUGAAUUGACCUGUAGAUGUCACAUUGUCCUCUCACUCAGUCGGGCGACAGAGAGGGGAUGUAAGCUACAGUUUAAUAGAGCGGUCGGAGAGAUUAGUUCAAGGGACAUGUGGGUCAUUGAGAACGGGCGAGGGCCAGAGCCUUGCUGGGGGAACAGACUGGACAGAGAACAGCAGCACCAGAAUAACCAUCCUACCAGGCUCCUGGCCCGGCCCAGACAUCCAGUCAACACCAUCACCUGGCAACAUGGCUCCUGCUCAGCACUCCACCAGGACAGGGCACCUUGUUAUCUGUCCUUUGUCAGUAAGGCCAUCUUGUGGGAUCGAGGACUCUACCACUACACAGACCACACUGUCCGUGAUGGACGUCCUUCUCUGUGUCCUCGUUUCCUGGUUCACAUGAAGGCCUGUCCUGCAGACCUCAGAACCCCACAUCUCCUAUCCAAUAACCCCAGGCCACGUCCUCCUCGCCAGGAAUUGACACAACAAAGACACGCCCUUGGCGGCCUGAAGACGCAUUCAUGUGCAGACUCCAGGAGCCUGCAGCACUGCAGCACCACCAGAGGGAGGCGCUUAGCUGUUGUUGUUCCCUGUGUACCAGUGCCAGUCUCCCCCUCUCCCAGCAGAGCCUCCCCUGAGCUCUCAGUCUGUCCAAGUCCAACAUCCUCUACUGUCACUGACUCUGGGCAGCAGGGGACUGGAUACAACCCUGCUCCAUCAUCAGCCCUACCUCAUGGCCAUACUCAGAAAGGAGAGAAGGAAACAGAGGAUGGUGUUAAAGAGAUGGAUGAAGGCACUUCGGCUUCCUCAGGGGCCUUCCGCCCUCCAAGGCCAGACCAGGAGCCCAAUUCUGGUCCUGAGGACAUAGACCCCUCAGUUUCUCCAAUCCCUAGUGUCUGUGAGGGUUCUCUCUCAGACUUUAGCCGCCCACCAUCCAGCCAGUUCAGCCGAAGCACAGACCUGGGUAGUGGCCGGAGCAGUCCUCUAUGUGCGAAUCUGAGUGACCUGGACUCAGAGGGUGGCUCUCCUCUCUCCCAGCAUGGCUCCUCUUCCAUGUCCCUGUCUGCUCUGGCCUCCUGCACCCCACAGGACCCCCCAGCACACCAGCCCCCAAACCCAGCCCCUCACCACCCUCAAUACCAUCCCCUCCCUCACCAGGCCCAACACUGCCCACCUGACUGGACCACCACGGAGCCCCAGCCAGGCCAUGUCCUCCCACCCUACCCAGACCCAUCCCUGGACCCCAACCUAGACCCUACAACCCUAGCUUUCCCCUCAGACACCUGGCAGUCCUGCCCCAGCCCACAGUGCAAGAUAACUACCCGACCAGGGUCAGGGUUAGGGUCAGGUUUGACCUCAUCCCCUGUGGUGGUGGAGAGGCAGGACUGGACAUCACACCGCUGGUCCGUCCUUCCCCCCAUCUCUCCAGUCAGAGGUGGCAGUGACACAGUGUCCUCCUGGUCCCGCUGUUCUCAGGUCAGCUCUAGCCAGUCCCAUGUGUUUGAUGAACUGGAGGCCAUCGCCCCGCGGACCGGCUCCUGUCUGUCCCUAGACCAGCCACUCAGCCCAGCAGACUGCAGCCCACCUGGUACAGAGAUGUCCCCAGGCCUGGCUGCUCUGACAGUGGGCUGUGACUCAGGGGACCUGGGCUCCCUGUCCCGUGUGCAGCUCCUGCUCCUGGACCGGUCGGACCCUGUGGAGCCCCACUGGCUCGCUGGUCAGGACAUGUACUCCCCAACAGAAGACGGAACAACAGGCCACACAGCGGCGCUCCGAGCCAGAAGACCUCUGAGUCCAACGCUGUAUACUACAGGCGUCCUGCAGCCCCUCACAGCUGGCAGCUGUGGAGACGGCAGUGUGUCUGAGAGGUGUGUCGCCACAGGCAAAGUCCAGGGACAGGGUGAGCACACAAUGCAGUCCCACAACGAGGAUGGUUCCAGGUCACCAUCGUCAUGGAUCAGUGAUUCCAGUCCAUCAGGCACCAUAUCCGGGUCCACCAGUUCCCAAUGCGAGUCCUGCUGUGAUGGGGAGGAGUCCGAGGGAAGUGACCAAACCAGCCAGGCCCUUACCUCCUUAAAUGACAGGGGCCCCAGCCCAGACCAGGGGGUUCCAGUGAAGGAGGAGCCUGGUUGCCCUGAUUGGGGGGAGCGAGGCUGGGCUUCCACAGGGGCCAGGAGAAGGCCAGGGAGGCUGGAGCGCAGGAUUAGGGAGAAGGAGCGAAAAAGGGAGGAGAGAAAGACAAAGGUGCUAAACAUCUACUCCAGACUCCAGGACAGCGGGCCCCUCCAGCCCAGCCGCAACAGGGGCCGCUCCAGGUUUGAGGACUUCGACUUCUUGGCAAAGUAUUGCAUUUUCAGCCAGGAGAAGCUGGCAGAAUACAAAAGGGCUUUUGAAGCGGUUGACAGUGAUGCUGAUGGUUACAUUUCCUGCCUGCAAGUGCUGCUGGCACUAAAGAAGAUCAUCCCUCCAGAGCUGCUAACUGAUGAAGAAGAGAUAUAUGUCUACAGGAUCCUGGAGAUGGUGGAUUUCAGGGUGACAGAUGGACUUACAGACCUGAGGCUCUUUGCUGUGAUUGCGAGCCUGGCGCAGAAAAUAGCUACCAUGGAUGUAUUUAUGCGUUCCCUGAUAAGCAAAAUGGACUUCCAUUCUUUGGCAUUAAAGCUAUACAAAGCAAAGCAGCUGUUCAUGUUCCUGCUGGAGGGGCAGUCAGGGGGCGCUGUGGCCCAGCAGGGCUGUAUCAGCGCAGAGCAGCUCCUAGUGGAGCUCAAGGCCGGGGGCAUCCGACCAGAACAAGAGGAAGCCAUCAAACAGGAGCUCCGACACAUCAGCUCCCUGGACCUGCUGGACUUCCUGGCGUACCUGCCCCUCUUCGUCCUAAUCCACAACUCAGUCAUCGCCAACCCACUGGAUGACUCCAGCAACCUGUGAUGUCAUCGGCUACACAGGCUUGACCCUAUCUGUCAUUAGCUACCACACACUGUGGCAACAGGGUUCCAGGGUUCUCUUUCUAAAACGAUAGCCAAUGCACCCAAAGCUGUUUUUGAGAUGUGGUUUUUUCGGGGGGUGGAGGGCACAUUUCAUGUAACAAGGUCGACAUUCUGAGAAAUUUCUUCAAAGGGGCUUUGGAGACACCCUUUGGAAUAUGCAUUGAUAAAUAGCCUACUGAAGGUGGAUGUCUAAGCUUGAGAAUGGUGCUGUCUAUGGUACUGAAAUAUGCAGGGAUUUUCAGUUGCGGUUCAUGCAUCGGUAAUACACUGAAUAGGGACAUAACACGUUUAGACUCCAGUUAGACAAGGGAUACACAAUUGUUGCUCAUGGGGGACCAAAUCCUAAAAUGCAAGAUGCAGGUGCAACUUCAAACUUUUGCACAAAUUAAGCAUUGAUUUAAUGCAUGAUUUAUGCCAAACCUUUGUGCGGGUUUUUAAGAUAGGGGGGGUGAAUAUAAUGGCUCUCCACCGCUUUAGUAACUGAGUAAUGUGGCAUUAUGAAAAUAAAAUAAAUGAAGCAUGACCUAACCUAAAUCUCCUAUGUGUUUUCAAUCAUCUCCCUCAGCUUUAAGUGAGAGGGUCCGGCAAGAAAUUACAAAUUAGAUAUGGCAGUUCUUUAUUUAAUUUCCCUCAGGCUUGACAGAGUCGGGGAGGAAAGCGUUAAUGCACUCUGACAGGCGGUCAUGGAAUUGUUCAGACCAUUCAUUGCUGUUUUCGGGUAGCUGUGUCAUAGAAAUUCUAUAAUGCCUAAUAAGGGUCCUAAAGAUAGCUAUACAUACUGCCUGUUGUUUUUGUGUCUUGUGCCCUUCUUGGUAAGCUCUAGUUUUAUUUCAUCUUUAUUGUAACCCUUUCCUGCAGUCAAAUGAUCAGACCGCCCUCUAGUGCAAUCAUGGGUGGAAUGUUAUUCUUUUUUCAGAAUGAAUCAAAACAAUAUUUUUUUUACAACGAAAACUCUGUGUUUCUAUGUCAAAUGGUUUCGUGUUUCAGUCUUCUGUGAUGUAGAUAAACUAUAAUGUUUGGAUGCAAACUCAAAAUGUAAUACAUUUUCAGUUGCCUAAUUAUAAUUUAAGGCCAUAACCGUGUGUGAGGUGUAUACUUUUGUUUCAAAGUACAGUAGAUUUGUUUGACUACCAAGAAAGACUGUGACCCUGACGUAGCCCACUGUAGUAAAAGGCUAACAGGGAGUUCCAUUGAGGGCAAGGUCUAUUUACCAAGCGAGCCCAGCAUAUACAUCAUUGACUAAAUACAAUAUAAUACAAAUUGGCCUGUACAAAAUUACAAACACACUCAAGAAAUGAUACAGUGACUCGUAUGUCUAAAGGUUAUUAAUGAUGUCCGUGAGGCAGUGAUGUGUACUGAACCUGUCACCAGUAAUAAAAUGAGGUGCUGUGUUAAACUGCAUUUAAAGGUGUUUAUGAAGUGGCUGCUGCAUUCAUAUAGAUGAUGUCACCAUAGUCUAGGAACUGUAGGAACUGUAGGAACUGUAGGAAUGUCAAUAAAAUGAUCUGCGUGCUACUAUUAA